AUGUCUUCCGCACCUGCUAAGAAAGAGUUCCUUUGCAUCCUGCCUGACAAGCCCGGUGCUCAGGCAAAGCGCCUCGAAGUCCGCCCUGAGCAUCUUGUGGGCGCCAAAACUGCUGCGGCUUCUGGCCGUCUUGCCUUUGGUGGUGCAAUGCUUGCGGCGCACCCUGCUGAGGGCGAGGUCCCCACCUUCAAGGGUAGCUCGAUGCUUGUUUUAGCUGAGAAUGAGGCUGAGGUUCGCACUAUUUUGGAGAACGACAUCUACUCUAAGAGUGGUGUUUGGGAUCUGGAGAACGCCCAGAUUAUCCCAUUCAAGUCUGCUAUUCGUCAGUCGCUUUGA